GGAAGACCCCUGCCCUAAAGCCACUAUGAUGGAUUAUUUGGUUAAAGCAAACUAAAGCUGUGCUGUUAUCUAGAAAUAAAAACAUGAAGAGGAAUUUCACUGACAGUUCUUUGAUGCGUAGUACAGCAGGCUGCCUUCCGGUUCCUCUUUUCAAUCAGAAGAAAAGGACCAAGCAACCUCUGACAUCAAACCCGCUUAAAAAUGACCUAAGCAGUAACAAUUCAGCUGAUCAAUUCAAUUUCUCGGCCAUGCUCGCAGAUUUCGGAUGGGAAACUGAGAAGCCAGAACCGAUCCAACUGCAGAAAACAGUAGGCACCGACCCAACAGAGCUUGUUAUGCCAUCUUCUUUGUUGAGGCAACAACACACAUCAAAGCCGACAAUGCCUCAUACAGGAAGCAACUGGAGGCAGGAGGAAAGCACUAAUGUUUGGAAAAGAAAUGACUUCCCAGCUUUUGGCAACAGAACGGAGAACAAAAAGCUUUCACAGCUGGACGACCACCCCAGUUAUUGGAUGAAGCCUGGACACAUGUACCAGAAGCCAGCAGCCCUGCCACAGGCAUCGGAGAGAAGCAGGACAGAUGCGGCAGAAGAUUGGGAUCCAGCUGUUUCCCAGUGGCCUGUGGUACCAACAGCCCGAUUCAGAAACCUGCAGACCCAGGAUCCCUCCUACACAUUUAAGCCCAGCCCUUCCCAACAAAACGCCCUCAAGGAAAAAGCUGACAAUUUGCAAAAGAGCCAAACGAUUCAGAAAAAGCCGGUGGGCCAGUCUAAAAGGAAAGAAAAAGAGAAUUCUCUCCGAAUUUUAUCUGCUGUCAUUGAGAGCAUGAAGCACUGGAGCCAGUAUGCUGGUAAAACUCCACUGUUAUUUGAAGUCCUGGGUGUUCUGGAUUCCGCUGUUACCCCUGGACAAUUUGGGUCAAAAACUUUCCUUUUGAGGGAUGGAAAAGAAACCGUGUCGUGCGUAUUUUAUGAGAUU